UGAGGGGUGGUGGAAGAUCUGGCCUGGCAAGGCAGCCUCAAGUUUCCACGGGCGCGCGGUUGUGCAACGGCGAGUGGAGCGGGAGCCGCGGGCGCCUCAGAAAACUAGCCGAGCCCAUAAACAAAGCCACGUGGCCUGGGGAGGGGGGCCGGGCUAAGAGCAGGCGCUCUUCCGGCAACAAAGAGCCGGGGCCAGCGGCCCAGGAUAAAUACUGUGGCCCCGACAGCCGCGCAGCACUCCCGGAGCUUGACGCGCCGCGCGACCCUCCCCAGAGACAGCGCCCUCUGAGAGCGCAGGGGACCGGCUCCGCACCCCCAAACCCUCAACCCUCCACGCCAGUGCCCUGCACUUCCAGACAUCGCGGGCCUUGCACCCGGAGCAUCCGCCCGGGGAGGCUGGUCUCCGACACCGCCAGGCCGGUCCAGUCUGUCAUUUCGUCCAGUCAGUGGGUGGCGUCCACUCUCGGUGCCAUGCCAUUCCUUGGGCAAGACUGGAGAUCCCCCGGGCAGAGCUGGGUGAAGACAGCCGAUGGCUGGAAGCGUUUCCUAGAUGAGAAGAGCGGCAGUUUCGUAAGCGACCUCAGCAGUUACUGCAACAAGGAAGUAUACAACAAGGAGAAUCUUUUCAACAGCCUGAACUAUGAUGUUGCAGCCAAGAAGAGAAAGAAGGACAUACUGAAUAGCAAAACCAAAACUCAAUAUUUCCAUCAAGAAAAAUGGAUCUAUGUUCACAAAGGAAGUACAAAAGAGCGCCAUGGAUACUGCACUUUGGGAGAAGCUUUCAACAGACUGGACUUCUCAACUGCCAUUCUGGAUUCCAGAAGAUUCAACUACGUAGUGCGGCUGUUGGAACUGAUAGCAAAGUCACAGCUCACAUCCCUGAGUGGUAUCGCCCAAAAGAACUUCAUGAACAUUUUGGAAAAGGUGGUAUUAAAAGUCCUUGAAGACCAGCAAAACAUUAGACUCAUAAGGGAACUACUGCAGACCCUCUAUACAUCCUUAUGUACACUAGUCCAGAGAGUCGGCAAGUCUGUGCUGGUGGGCAACAUUAACAUGUGGGUGUACCGCAUGGAGACGAUUCUACACUGGCAGCAGCAGCUGAACAACAUCCAGAUUACCAGGCCUGCCUUCAAAGGCCUCACCUUCACGGACCUGCCCUUAUGCUUACAACUGAACAUCAUGCAGAGGCUGAGCGACGGGCGCGACCUCGUCAGCCUGGGCCAGGUGGCCCCCGACCUCCACGUGCUCAGUGAGGACCGGCUGCUGUGGAAGAAGCUCUGCCAGUACCACUUCUCCGAGAGGCAGAUCCGCAAGCGAUUAAUUUUGUCAGACAAAGGGCAGCUGGAUUGGAAGAAGAUGUAUUUUAAGCUUAUUCGAUGUUACCCAAGGAAAGAGCAGUAUGGGGACACCCUGCAGCUUUGCAAACACUGUCACAUUCUUUCCUGGAAGGGCACUGACCAUCCUUGCACAGCUAACAAUCCAGAGAGCUGCUCCGUUCCACUUUCACCCCAGGACUUUAUCAACUUGUUCAAGUUCUGAAUCCCAGCACAUGACAACACUUCAGAGGGCCCCCUGCUGACUGGAUGGCUACAAAUACAGAGUUUGGACGCUCCAUUUGUAAAUAGUGUACAUUUUAAACAUUGGCCUGAGACUUCUCAGAUAAGUCCUUGAGAGGACCUUGGAGGGGAGAGAUACAAUUGCUGAUGGGAAUUUAAGAAUGUGAACUCCACAUUAGAAUUUGUAUGGAAAAGCAGAAGUAUUGUAAAUAGACUUUUUUUCUAACAAUUUGCCAGCAAGACUCUAAAGGCAAGAAUUCUUUGUCAGCCGUGAAGAUGGAAUUCUCUUGAUGUUCAUGGAAACUCCUUUAUAGUUCCCUAGGAAGAAAAAGGCAAGACUCAAAUGCAGACAGAAUGCUCUUUGUUUACAAUGUGAAAAUCUGUUUAGACAAAAAAAAAAAAAAAAGGAAGAAAGAAGAAAAAAUACAUAUAAGAAAUCCUGGAGCUUUGGUUUUGAUUGAGUUUGUUUUGGAAAGGCAAAGAAGCACCAACCCCGAAACCUGAGUGGGCAUAGGCCUUAUCCUAUGAGACACCACACAAUGGUCUACCUCUAAAAGCAUAAAGCGUGAUCUCUGACAACGUGCAUUAUCCAGUAGGCAGUGUCUGUGUUUCUUGUAAGUGUUUUCAUCACUAUAAAAAGUGAUUUAAAAUGGAAAGGAUGUUGGAAGCAACCCUCAUCUUGUUUCACACUUCCUUUUUAGGUAAACAGGGCCCUCUUUGGAGUCUCCUCCUUCCUAGAACAAUCUCAAAGUACAUGUGCCUUUUCUCCUUCCAUACUGUAGUUCACUGGGGAAAGAGAAGGCCAAUUAACAACAGUCCCAAUAGAAAUCAUACCCCGGAAAAGAUAGAAUCAGGUACCCCAUAGCUAUAAAGACUUCUUUCUUCUGGUUUAACUUCUGGGCUUGUCUGGGCUUCCUUGGGUGCAUUUGUGGAAAAGUGUACAUCUGCAAACUGAUUGCAGCCCAAGUGCUGGGGCUUGAGAGUCAGGUUUUACCUAUCAGACAAUUAAGCAUUUUGCCACUUGCUCUUCCUGUCAUCAGGGUGAUAAAUUGAGCUUUCUUAAGUCCUUGAGACAACCUGAACUAGGGCUUUUUGUAAGUGUGAUUAAAAAUAAAGCCUCAAGUUCCAGCCAAAUAGGGAGAUGAGUUCAUCUUAAACUGACUUCAGGGCUGGAGAGUUAAAAUGAAGAUAGUUAAAACAAAGAUCCCAUGGGAUUUUGCAAGGCAAGUAUCAGCAGGUCACUGUGGAAGAAAGGAAAUCUCAGGACUUCAUGAGUUAAUUGUCAGAUAUUCCUGGAAGAGGGUGGGGAAUGUUUUUGUUUCUAACUUUUUAUAGAAAGUUGCUUUUCUACAACAGUGUACAUAUAUUUGCAGUUGUAUUUGCUUCCUCCCCCACCCCCAAAUAAAGUCGCACCUUGCAUGCCCUCGGCAAAUAAUUGAAACGGAAAUAGGAACUUAACUCACAUUCAUAUUGAGGGACAGUGUAACCCCUUAAAGGUUGUACCUUGGGGUGACCCUUGAAGGAGGGAAAAGGUAGCUAAGCAGAUACAGAAACAAGGCAAGGGACAGUAGUGAUUCAGUACCUCUCCAUGCCCUUCCUUCAACCACUCAGUCUGCACGUCAGCAUUCUGCAGUAAACUCUCCAAUGCUCCUUACUUUGUAAUGCUUAUACUUGCACCAGGAUUUCUCCAUAUUUCUUUCAUUAUCAUCUCCCCAAAAAAGAAAACUAAAUGAAUUGAAUUGAAAUUUUCCAUAAUGAGAACUGAAUUUAAUGAAAUAAGAUGAAUUUAAAUUUUCCCUAAUGAAAAAAAUCAGACAUGAAUGAAUAAGAUUGUGUUGAGCUUUGGAGGGCUACAAACCAAUGUAAUAACUAAGAGGGUGUUUUUGGUUUGUUUUUCUCUCCCAUAUCAGUUGGACAUCAAGAAUACAGGACCUGACUGUUAAAUAAAAAGCUACUUCUUCCAUAAUUUUCAGGUUCUGUCAAAUAUCUUACUUUCCUUAAAGGAAUAGAGUGGGUUCGGUGUGCCACUGCUGUGGAAAGCUCUGGUUUGUCAGCUUCAGGUUUAGGGGUUCAUGGUCUUCCACAUCUUCCCAACUCAUGACCUCUGCUCCAUCAUGCUGACUGAAGAAAGGGAAAGUUCUUGGCACUUUCAGGUUUGCAAUCCUAGGAAGAGUGGCUGCUUUGGAUGAUUGGCACAAAACUAGUCAUCCAGGCUCAUUGGACAUCACACCCCAGGCAACAACAUGCAUUUGUGCAAAAACCACCCCCACCCCAACAGGUAGUCAAUGUUUUUUAUAAUAUUUACCAAGACAGUGUCUGUGGAACCUGCCCAUGUAGUUUGGUGUUAUUGGAUGUGGUACGUGACAGUUGGAUAUUUUUUUAAGGAUGAAAAUCAAGAAACCAACAUUUUAUGGGUCUUUUUCAUUGGAAAGGGAGAAUAAGGAAAGAAACGCCAGGUAGAGAGGGAGGGGGAAGGGAUAGAAAUGGUGUAUCUUCGAUGCUUUGGUUUGUGUGGGGACAGUGGAAGGAGCAGAGCAGGCAGACUAUGUUAGACCACAUGGUUUCUGUUAGGCAUGGCCAGAGCACUACAUGUAAGUACAGUGAGUUUAAAAGAAAAUUCUUGUUCCCAGGACACUAAUAGGCUCCCUAUUGACAAACGCACCCAGGACAACCUGACCCAAAAAGCAAACACAAAGAAUCCCUGUCUCAGAACUGCUGGGGUAAUAGCAAGAAAGGGCAUGGAGAUGGAAACUGCUGAAAGAGAUAGAAUACUGUACCCUCUUUAGUGUGCCUACCUGCCUCCCACACACACAACACACACUCUAUAAAGCAGAUCUAGAAACUGAUGUUCAUUUUGAAGCAAUUCAGACUUAUAGCAAAGGAAAGCAUUCUGAGCACAUUCAUAUGGAUACAACGAUUUUGUCCAACUCAGAGGUUCAUAAGCAGAAAAUCUAGAGCCUCCCAAGAGGAAGGGCCAACAUUUAUAGAAAAGAGAAAAUGUGAAGUUGAGGAGUGCUCAUUUUAAGGCAAGAUCCAGAAAAAGAAAGUCUAAUGACAUUUUAAACUAGAUUACAUACUUAUGCAACACUGUUACUUUGAUUAGAUGAAUCAGUUGAAUGGGAGGGCAGGUAGCAGAAAAGAACAAAAGUUAUAAGGUAAAAACAUCCCCCCGGGGUAUCAGUCCUGAGAUGAUCCUUGGUUAGUCAUGAUCAAUUUCAUAUUGGAGUGGCUUGGAGGAGAUAAUUUCAGAUGGACAGGGUUUACACUGCAAAAUUCUCAAUGUAAGAGUGGGUUCUACUUGUAACUGUGAAGUAAGGUAAUGGGUGUGUAUUAUGUUAUUGCCAGUUCUCAUCUUUCUGAGCUUGCAGAGCUUGCAAGCUCCUUGUUUCUGUUGUAUUUAUAUGGGAAAAGAGAAAGCUUGGAAUUUCAUUUUUCUAAGCAAGUGGUGUGAUUUACAAAAAGAUAAAUCAUUACAAGUGAUGUUCAACAGUGUAUCAUUCUUAGCAUUCAACACAAUGUUUAUUAUAAAAUAUGCACCUGAGUUUAUAUUUUUUUUUCUGCCAGGCAAUAAUGUCUUGAUUUGCAAACACUCUAUAUUUUAUGUGUGAAUUUUUUUAACUUUAAUUUUUUGUGUGUGUUUUUUAACUAAACUCUAUCAUACUUUUCUAUGUUGACAUCUGUUGUUGUUGUUUUUUAAUCUCUUUCCAACUAUCUGAGUCUGUGAACCAUCUCUUCUGACUGGAUGCUGGCCUGCAACUCUAUUAGUGCUUUAACAGACCUCAGAAACACCCUGAACCUCUAGGCAAAUGCAAAAACAUUGCUCCUUGAUAAACCCGGGGUCCUCACUAGCUUCAACAAACAAGGUCAUAAUUCCUUUAAAACUCAAUGUUUUCUUAUGGAGGGUAAAAUCUUUGUGGUUUCCUGAGACUUUAGACCUGAAUGGGUUGUCAGGGUGGAAUCUGAAGGCCUUCAAGAUGAGGAAGCAAGUCCAGGAUAUUUAGGGGAUGGGCCUCAGCUGGAUGGAAACCUGGGGCCUGACCUGUGUCCCCAACUCUGGUCCCAGUCACCUGGUAGUAUGGCUGGAGACACAUAACACUUAAUGUCAUUCUUCUCAAGACCUGCACUGUGGAAGGUACUGGAGACUGCUGCACAAUGGGUAGCUGGACAUUAAGUCUUCCAAACCUUUUACAUCCCUGAUUCUUAUUGGAGAAGUUAAGGAGCCACUUGAUAUUUAUGCAGACCUCCAGUGUGAGUACAGAGUCCUAGUGAGGACAACCUACUUGCUAUAAAGUGUGUGGCAUGUUUUGACAAAUUCAUUUUUCCCUUGGGUACUUAUAUUUUGAUUACAAAGAUGACCCUUAUAAAAACACAAGGAUGAGCAGCAGUUUCUGAACACUGAGGUUCUGAUGGUAACCAAGCAGCUCUUUCCUCUCCUCUUUCACUAAGGAGUACAUUUAUCCCAUCCAGCUAUCUCCUCCUCCUCUAGCACCAGCUGCAAGUUACAUGGAGUCUGUAGCCUAGGGGAAGUUCUUUCUCUAUUAAACCUCCUCUUCACUUAGCAAACAGUCUAUUCCAUGAGGCAACAAGGAAGGAGCAAGGGACCAUGAUAUUUGUGACUUUUUAUGCUAGGCCUUUUCCAAAUGUCUUUGAACUUGGCAAACAAAGCUUCCUGGAAAAAUCUCUCAAAACUUGAGUCCUGCUCCAUUUGGCUCACAAUGGAUGGCUGCUCCAAAACUAAGAACUUCUUGAAACUCCAUCUGCUCCAUUACUUCUGGAAUUUGAACAUGACUUUUCUAUCUUUGAAUAUAGACAACUUUGUUUAAUUUACAAUGCACACGUCUGUUAAACAGAAGGCUCCAAACCCUGCUGUACGCUUGGGAGCCUUUGGCGCCAUCUUUGGUCUACUGUGUGCCAAUCACCCUGGCUGAAGGGGGUGUAUAUGAUAGUCCAUGUUCUAAGCCUAGAAGCUUUAAUGUACUUUUUUAGUGGAAAAUAGUAGAGUGGGUUGAAUUUAAAGUGUAAAUUAGACCGAUUACUUGCAAACAUGCAAAGAUGUUUAUUUAAUAUUGUGUGAGCUGAGUCCUUCUGUAUAAAUUAUUUGCACUUUUCUUGCAUGAUGAACUGAUUUUUUUAUAGUUGUUUGUACCAGACAGUGGCAUAUUUUUGUAAAAAUUUUUGACACUCUAUUGCAAUAAAUGUUUUCCAAAAACACA